CCCCACCCGGUCUUUGUCUUGUCCAGUCUUGUCCUGUCCUGCCAGUUUCUUGUCGCGUCAAAUUGGUGCUUGCCAAUGUCAACCAAGAGAAAACGGGAGCCACACCGUCCCGCGUCCCCGUCGCGGUACCCAUGCGGCCUGUGGCCACCGUUGGACAGGUAGCUCUGUGCUGUGUGUGCUGGCGGUUCCAGUCUAGCCCACUCCCAAUCUGCUCUGCUCCUCUGGCCCUCAGGCGGGGUCGGUCCCCAGUCUCUGGUCUCCAGUUCUCUCUGCUCUCCUUGGGAUACCUAGCCCUCUCUGCCUGCUCGCUGCCCAGGUACCACCACCCGCAGACAGGCCUUGCUUCCAUUCUUCCUUGGCCUUCUCCUCGUCGCCUGCCUACCCGCCUGCUCGUGCUCCCGCCAGACACGUCCACGUCCACGCUCACAAACCACACAUUCCGUACAACUCAACCUCUCGCACCCACGGCGGAUCCUAGCCUCACACGCCGGCCCAACCCAGCCAGACGAAGCUCUCUGCUGCACACACAGCUGGACGCUGCGGUGUAUUUGUGGAAGGAAGGACUCGUAUACUCGUCACGCACGCAGCCGCAGCCGCCGUUGCAUUCACUGUCGCUGUUUCCUAGAGCUUACUUCAGGGCCGGCCUCCACGCUUGCUUGGGCCGACCACAGACACAUCCUUGCCCUCGACGCCAGCCCAAAACGCUCGUUACCUUUGCUCCCUGGCUCCCUGGCUCUCUGCCUCUCUGGGAUACCGCACAGGUACCUCGAGACCUUACACCGUUGAUCCUGACCGCUGCACGCCGCCAACUCGUCCCAAGAGGACAGGAGGAACAAGCCCGCUAACCACACCAGGGCACGGCACUCAGAUAAGGCGCUGUCCAACGCUUGCCACUCGUUCAAAGCCACCCUUUUGUUUCUUUGCCUUGCGCACCUCUCGGGCCUCAGCUUCAUUGCUGCACCGUCGUUGCUCUAGUCCCACCGGGGCUUGUCCUAUCUGCGCCACCCAUCGUCCGCAAGACCCGCACCCGUCGUGCUUCCAUACCUGUCACCCAACGCUCGUUCACCGCCGCACAACCCGUCACGAAGCCCGCGUGUGCCGAAUGGGUCCUGCGUUGACACACCCAGCCCCGUCCCGAUAAGCCAUCACCCACACAGUCGCCUGCGUCCGACCAAGGCCACAUCAGCAUACAAUUCGCGGUGGAAGAGGGAGAACCAAGGAAGGAGGCACUCAGGGUUGCCGCGCGGAGACCUGGGGACCGGCCACCAAAAUCGUGAGACGCACCGACGAGCAAAAUCGCCAGGGCAGAUCCGAACUCCUCAGCCCAACCCAGCCACAGCCCACUUGGCAAGGGAGGUGCAGGCCUCGCGUCUUCUAGUCGUGGUACCGGGCUACUUCCAAAGCGGCAAACCUUCCGUCUUGCUGAUCGCGAGAGCUCUGCUGCAUACCAACCCCGAGCAGGCCCCCUGGCCCGGCUGUACAACUGCACUGCACCCUCAAGACUCGGCCUCUCACUAGGCCAAUUGCAAGAGGGCCGCUAACCAUGGCUCCCGCAACGCCCCGUCUCAAGAUAUUAUCAGUGGGUGGAAAUGCCGUCUCUGCUUUCUUAUCCUGGAGGUUACAGGCAACCAACGCCUGCGACGUAACUCUUGUUUGGAAAUCCGGCUACGAUCACGUAGCUCAGUAUGGCAUCUCUUUCAAGUCACAAGUGUUUGGGAAUGAAAGGUUCAAGCCACGUCGGGUGGUCAAAUCACCCGAGGAGGCCGUCAGCCGCAAGGAUGGCCACUUCGACUACGUUGUCCUCUGCGUAAAGGCACUACCGGAUGUGUACGACCUAGCCUCGGUGAUCGACUCAGUCGUUGUGCCCCAGCAUACUUGUAUCCUGGUGAACACUACCAACGCGAUAGGCGUCGAGGCGGCCAUAGAGGAGCGGUAUCCCACAAAUGUUGUCCUCUCCCUGGUCGCCGGUGCGGAUCUCACACAACUUGGUCAGAGCGAGUUCGAGCACAAAGGAUCCACAGAACUUUGGAUCGGACCGGCCAAGAGAAACAGCGAGAUCCCGGCGACUAUACAAGACGACAUGUCUUCGGCUCUUGCUAUGACCUUAAGUACAGGCCAGGUCGACGCAAAGGUGUCGCCGAACAUCCGGCAACAGCAGUACGAACGAGUGAUAGGUCCCAUCGCUUUUCAUCCUGCCAGCGUUCUCUUCGAGACUUCGAGCUACUCCGAACUCCUGGCAAAGCCCGCCGUCAAGACCCUGAUAUUUGGUGUGAUCGAAGAGUUGCUCGAACUCGCACAUGCCCAAGGCUGCAAAUUUGACGCCGAGUACAAACAGAAAGUUGUCGACGACAUGUUGAAGCAGACGGGGACGGAUAGUAUAAUGUGGCAGGACUAUCAGGCUCGGCGGCCCAUGGAAGUCGAAACAUAUCUUGGUUCUCCAGUGAACCUGGCAAAGGAGGCUGGCGUCAAAGUGCCUCGGAUCGAGACCCUGUACGCGAUGCUGCAUCACUUAAACGUGGUCAAUCGAAGCAGGCCAAAGGUAGACACAGUCGCAGCAGCAGGGCCACCACCCCCUUCAGGUUCGCCCACGUCUAUGGCCUUCCCCUCACCGAUGCCUCGUAUGUCAAUGCAACCACCGCCGCGUGGCAUGCCACCUAAUGGUAUGCCCAAUGGAAAUGGCAUGCCGGGACGGCCACGACCCCGAGGUGCUUCGCAGCUAGGACCGCCUCCUGGCAUGCGUCGCCCCUCUUCUAACGCCGGGCCGCCCAACGGAUAUGGACGGCCGCCGAUGAACGGACCGAACGGGUACCCUCGCCAGCAAUCCAGGCGAGGAUCCAUGGAUGGGGCCGACCUGGAGGAAUUCAGCCAUCUCGUGCUUUAUGACGAUAUCCCUGAAGGAGGCGAAGGGAACCUUGAUCCAUCAGACUUGGCUACCAGAGAACGUGAACUGCAGUUAAGGCAGCGUGAGCUGGCCUUAAGGGAGCAAGAGAUGCGGAUGAGGCGAGGCCCCGGCCCAGGCCCCGGCCCCGGCCCAGGCCCGAUGGGGCCGCCAAUGGCAGGUAGGCGCGGACCCCCACCGAGGACGAUGAACGGCGGGGCUGGAGGAAUGUACGACGACGACGACGACGAUGAUGGGGACUAUUUCGACCCCAACUCUGGGCCCCCGGUGCCCAUGAUCGAUCCCGACAAUUUUGACAUGAUGAGCGUUACUUCGCGGAAGAAUCGGCAACAUGGGCACAAGCCUUCAGCCGCUCAGUUUCGCAAGAACCCGGAAAUGGACGCCAUGCCGCCUUCAAGGGGAAGUCGCUUUCGACCUAGCUUUGGGAGAAAUCGCUCGAGCCAGAUAGGUCCUCAGAACGCAAGUUUGCGCGAAAAUUUGCUGGAGGAUCCUCUGAUGGGCCUCACCUCCAACCGGUACGGUGCCGUUGACCGCAGUGCAAUGCAACAGGAAUCGAGGGCGAAUUCAAUGACAUCCCAGCGCAUGGAUGACCUUGGUUGGGGCCCAGGUGCAGCUGGGCCGAUGGCAAUGGGCGGGCCGAUGGCAAUGGGCAUGAACGGAGCUUUUCCUCGACGCGCAAGUCAAUCACCGGGAUAUGCUCCGUCUAUGAGAGGAGGCAAUGGCAGGCCCUCGCCGCCCAACGGGCUCGGUGGUCCUGGCGGUUCCGGUGUAAACGGCAGACCGUCCCCUCCGAACGGAGUCCGUCAACCGACGCCGCAGUAUCCUCCUGGCCAGGGCAAUACUGUUGCGCCGCAACAAGUCGAACAGCACGCUGGGCGCGGGCAGUGGUGAAUCCACCAACCUCGACACGCCAUCUGCACACAGCAGCCAAAGUAGCCUUGGGGCCCGCCCUACGAUUGCAGCACGCUAGGGGCGUCGCGUUCCUGGGUAUGGCCUUCUGGGCCGAGCACAGGGGCGGUUACGAUAUCCAAGUAUAUCGACGCUGCGGAACUCAAGCAUCAGAUCAGUUUCUCCCCGAGAGGCCAACUGAUCAGCCGUUCCCGCAUUGUCCAGCCCAAUUUACCUGAGCGGGCAGAUACUGCGGGUCGGGCGAGAGACCUUGCCUUGGACGCCGCAUAGGGCAACGAACGACCUGUUUGCCCACAACAAUCUGCUGCUAACUAGCCGGGUGCCUAUAAUGAAUGGUCUGAGGCGAUGAACACAUGCACACGAACACAUAGACUGGGGCGUUUAAGGCGAACUGGAAGGGGACAUGCCAAAGCAAAGAUCUCCAAUCUUGGGGAAUAACGGAGGGCUUGCGACACAAAAGACGACCGCACAAAGUCACCAACAUAAUAUUAGUGGACAAGAUCCCAGGGAUGAAGCCAGGGAAGGGAUCGAAUCCAAGAGUACAUAGGGGCAUCUUGGCAGGCACGGCCCGGCGGCGAAAGACAGCAUAUCACAACAUACAUAUUUUAUUUCUGGUAAUACAGCAAUCAACACAUUGGAAUCCUCGUCGGCCUCUUCUUCGUCCACAUUCCUUUAUCGCCCAACGGCCCGCCACCUGCCACCCGCCAUCUACCAUCUGCCUGCCUGCCCAGUGCGUUCGAGCACGCCAUGGAAGGCGAGGGAAGGAGAAAUCAUGCGCGAGCAGCCAAUCAGGACCGCCAGGCCCCGGGGGACGAACCGAGGAGGAACGCCCUUGGCCGAGUCAGCAAUGUCAGGAAGUGGCACGAUACGAUCUGCCUCUGUAUAAACAAUUAUGGAAGCCGCAACCACAGUCUCUCCAUCAUCACUCCUUCACUUUUCCUAGUUACCCCUUCUUCGGUUUCCUUGUCUACCUCAUUCUUGCUCAGAAAAGUUUGCAUUUUGACCACAAGCAAGCGAUUGACUACAAUGUACUGGAGGUCUGUCUCAUUAUCUUCGAGUCGAUUUCAUUUGUUAGGAUUAUUCAUUGGGAUAUCAAUUUCGUCCGUGAUAACGAGGGAGUGUCAAUGGUUGGAAUGUGCAUGAAAGGGUUUGAUUUGGUGGUGGUGAUGGUUGGAAUUGAUGAAAUAAUAGACUCAAAGACUCAAUGGGGCUUCGAUUUCCUCUCAUUUUGGUCACAAAAGUCUCCCUGUCCUGAUACACUCGGCAACUGGUGGGCUGUCUGGCUGCCACGAAACAAGCGUCGGGCGAGCUGUAUCCUGCUAAGGUGUUGUUGACGAUCCCUUCAGUUUGAAGGGUCGUUCUGUCGGCGUGGGCGAGGGGCUCGACGACCCGACUCAACUAUCUAAUGUCUAUCAUGGUAAUCCUUCCCAAGGACAGUUAUUCUGGAGGCUUGAAGGAGACAAGGGAGGCUAUAAUAUAUGGGUCGGACUGGGGCGCGUAUAGCAAGCAGUCACUGCCAGGAGCCUGUGGGUCAGCCGUGGUAGGGAUCUAUGCAGAAGAUGUAGGGCAAUCAGAGAUUGUAUCACGUA